CAACAUACAUCAUCAACAACAACAACCUGUGCCAUGUUUUCCCACCCUUGUUCACACCAUAAAAGCCACAUAAAAAAAUCUCAUGUUAUUAGUGACCAAAAUUAACUACAAAAGCAUGGAUAUUGAGAUGGUGAGAUGUGAGUGUUGUGGCUUGAAAGAAGAUUGCACACAAGACUACAUUAGUGAAGUGAAGGCAAACUUUGAUGGCAAGUGGUUGUGUGGAUUAUGUAGUGAAGCUGUGAGAGAUGAGUUAGUUAAGGGCUUUGUGGGAGAUGAGGCCAUGAAGGCUCAUAUGGCAUUUUGUAGCAAGUUUAAGGCAAACCCUGCAGUGAGAGUUGCUGAUGGCAUGCGGCAAUUGCUUCGAAGGCGGUCGGGGGACUUAUCGUCGCCAUCUUCCUCUUUGGCUUCUUCUUCUUCUUCUUCUUCUUCCUUAUCAUCAAAGAAGUUUGGUAGGUCUGCAAGAACAUGAGUACUGUUUAGUUUGAUAGUUUUGUUUAUGGUCAUGAAGUUGUAGGUUUGGAUCAAUUAAUAUAUCUUAAGUUUCUACUGAUUUUUCUUCAA